GUGCCUUUAAAUUGCUGCUUUCGGAGGGUGCAUCUAGGGGAGGUGGGAGGCAGGAAAACAUCUUCCUACCGGUCUCCCUCCUCCCUCCCCACCAAGACUCUUCAGGGUUUAGAGAGUGAUUGCUGCCCAGAGAGAGUCUUUUCCAGCUCCCGGCUGGCAGGCUAAGGCCCUCCGGAGCCCAAGGCAAGCCCAAGCAGAAGCCAGUAGGGUUAUCUGUGUCAGGAUCAUUUCCAGGGGAACAGUUCUGGCCCCUGGCAGGUAAAGACGGGCCAGAGGAGAAGAGGCAGAAGAGGAGAGAGAGCAGGCUCUUUGCGAGCAGCCCAAGUUGGAGAAAGGCUCUGUACUUUUGGCGUUCCUGCAGGGAUAUCCUCUCUCACGUUGGCAGCCAGGCUGAGAAAGGGCUUCAAGAUCCCCGCGGAAUGACAACUCUUGUUCCUGCAACCCUCUCCUUCCUUCUCCUCUGGACCCUGCCAGGGCAGGUCCUCCUCAGGGUGGCCUUGGCAAAAGAGGAAGUCAAAUCUGGAACCAAGGGGUCCCAGUCCAUGUCCCCCUCUGAUUUCCUAGACAAACUUAUGGGGAGAACAUCUGGGUAUGAUGCCAGGAUUCGACCCAAUUUUAAAGGCCCACCCGUGAACGUGACCUGCAACAUCUUCAUCAACAGUUUCGGCUCCGUCACUGAGACCACCAUGGACUACCGGGUAAAUGUCUUCUUGAGGCAACAGUGGAAUGACCCACGCCUGUCCUACCGAGAAUAUCCUGACGACUCUCUGGACCUCGAUCCCUCCAUGCUGGACUCUAUCUGGAAGCCAGACCUGUUCUUUGCCAAUGAGAAAGGGGCCAACUUCCAUGAGGUGACCACGGACAACAAGUUACUGCGCAUCUUUAAGAAUGGGAAUGUGCUCUACAGCAUCAGGUUGACCCUCAUUUUGUCCUGCCCAAUGGACCUCAAGAACUUCCCCAUGGACAUCCAGACCUGCACGAUGCAGCUGGAGAGUUUUGGCUACACCAUGAAUGACCUCGUGUUUGAGUGGCUGGAAGAUGCUCCUGCUGUCCAAGUGGCUGAGGGGCUGACUCUGCCCCAGUUUAUCUUGCGGGAUGAGAAGGAUCUAGGCUAUUGUACCAAGCACUACAACACAGGGAAAUUCACCUGCAUCGAGGUAAAGUUUCACCUGGAGCGGCAGAUGGGCUACUACCUGAUUCAGAUGUACAUCCCCAGCCUACUCAUCGUCAUCCUGUCCUGGGUCUCCUUCUGGAUCAACAUGGAUGCUGCCCCUGCCCGUGUGGGCCUGGGCAUCACCACCGUGCUCACCAUGACCACCCAGAGCUCUGGCUCCCGGGCCUCUUUGCCUAAGGUGUCCUACGUGAAGGCAAUCGACAUCUGGAUGGCUGUGUGUCUGCUCUUUGUGUUCGCUGCCUUGCUGGAGUAUGCUGCUGUCAAUUUUGUUUCUCGUCAGCAUAAAGAAUUCAUACGACUUCGAAGAAGGCAGAGGCGCCAACGCAUGGAGGAAGAUAUCAUCCAAGAAAGUCGUUUCUAUUUCCAUGGCUAUGGCUUGGGCCACUGCCUGCAGGCAAGAGAUAGAGGUCCAAUGGAAGGUUCUGGCAUUUAUAGUCCCCAACCUCCAGCCCCUCUUCUAAGGGAAGGAGAAACCAUGCGGAAACUCUACGUGGACCGAGCCAAGAGAAUUGACACCAUCUCCCGGGCUGUCUUCCCUUUCACUUUCCUCAUCUUCAAUAUCUUCUACUGGGUUGUCUAUAAAGUGCUACGGUCAGAAGAUAUCCACCAGGCUCUGUGA